AUGGUGCGCAUCACCACCAACUCACAGCCCGAGUGGCCCUCAGUCCCCGAAGCCGCGGAAAUCAACGCUGCAGAAGCGCGUGACGCCAUCCGCAGACACAUCUUCCUGUGCCAGGGCAUCUCUCAAACGGCAAGGGAGCGAUACCAAGGAUUCCUCCCAAUGAGAGAUGUCUUGCAUUUCUCGCGCUGGACGGAGAAUGUGCUUUGGCAGGUUUUCCCACACGUCGGAGUCGCCGGUGACAUCUCCUCUGCGGCGAAUACACCCUGGGGUUGGAUACCCUCUGACGAGCCUGCGUCAAGCCAGGAGGACAUGCCAGGAGGGAACGACCACACGGGUCUCACUUCUGACAGUGAACUCUGCCACGACUCAGAAGCCACUGAGAGUGAGAUGAGAGAUCCCAACGUCGACGACGUGGCUCGGUCCAGCAGAUCUUGUUCAUCGGCCAGUGACUAUAGCCCCGAUGGCAAGAUCAAGUGUGAAGAGGCUGUCGGUUCGUUCCGGACCAAGGCACCCGACACUCCUGGCCUGCUCGAAGCCAUUCCAGCCAGGGAUCCUCGGUACGCUGGUGACGAUGACAGGGAUCAGCCCAUCAGAGAGCCCAGUCAGCCAUGCUUGCCCCUUCCACAACAAUAUUCACAGCCGGAUGAAAGCCAACACAUCCUCCGGCUCAAGUGGAACCGUACCGUUGCCUUCCCUCGCCCCGGACGUAUAAACGUGGACAAGGUCAUCCGUCAGAUCUGCCUUGGCCUUGGUGUUGGCGUCAAAUCCAUCAAGAUCAUGGCCAGACAGUUCACGGCCGACCUGCAUGUGCAGACCACGGAAGAUCGAGCGACCCUCCUAGCAACCAAGACGGAGUGGCUCCGGCAUCUCUCCCUGGAAGGAUUCGAAGCUCAAGUGGACGAAGCAGCUAAAUCCACGCCGCUGCGAGUCCGCAAGAAAGCCGAACGAUCGGAAUUCGGCUUCCGAAUCCACUGGGUCUGCACAUGUCCUCCAUACAAGGACUCGUCGCACGCAGACCCGUCGUCCAUCACAAAGGACGUCCGGAAGGCCCUCGCCGCUAGUGGAAAGCCCUUGCUCUCGUUGGCUGCCUGUGAUGUCGACAGCGUCCAGGUUCGACGAUCUGGCGAUGUCUGGGUCUUCGCGAGCUCCUCGUCUUUCCGCGACUUGAUGGUCCGGCCGGAGAACGCGUCUGCUUGGCUUCCCUGCUUGGAGUGUGGUCACCGAGCACAGAUCUACACCCACCGCGUCCCGUCCUCGCGCUCGAGAGAGACCGCCGUCCAGAGGUCUAUCGUCAAUGUCGACGCGAGACGGCAAAAGCGGCGAGAGAAGCGGCGACUUGCUCGGACCCAGAAGCGGUAG